AUGACGGCAAAGUCCUCCAUCCCGGCCAUCAUCCGGCACCCAUUUGUCGAGACCUUCACCUGGAUCUACUUGAUCUUCCAGGCGGUCCUUCGUUAUGUUUUCUCUCCCAUCCCCCCUCCUCCAACCUCCCAAAACCAGAAUGUGCCUCGGAAGAAGGUCGCAGUUAUUGGCGCUGGGUUAACGGGAAUUUCCUCGGCGGCCCAUUGUGUCGGCCAUGGGCUUGACGUACAGAUCUUUGAGUCCAGACCCAAGGACCAAGGACUCGGCGGCAUUUGGAGUAGAGUCAAUUCCACCUCCGCACUCCAGGUGCACAGUCUUAUGUACCGAUUCCAUCCGUCAGUCCACUACGACAGUGCCUACCCGACACAGAAACAAAUCAAAGACCAGAUUGUUCAGCUGUGGAAGCGCUACGAUCUGGAAAGACGUACUGUUUUUGAUACUCGUGUCUCUUCGGUCAAGAAAACGAAGGAUGGCCAGUGGAUUAUCAACAAUGAUGAAGAGCAGUACGGUCGCUUCGAUGGGGUACUGACGGCAGUUGGUGUUUGCGGAGACCCCCAGAUGCCCACGUUGCCGGAUCAAGGAAACUUCAAGGGUCAAAUCUUCCACUCAUCCAACCUCGAUGGCAAAGAUGCCAAGGGCAAAAAGAUUUUGAUCGUCGGCAGCGGUGCAAGUGCCAUUGAAGCCCUCGAGUUUGCCGUCAAAUCUGGCGCAGCCGAGAUCGAUGUCUUAUCGCGAUCAGAGAAAUGGAUUAUUCCACGGAAUUUGCUGGUCCAGUCCUUGCUAGCGUUCAAUAUCUUUGGUCAGGAAACGUCACUCUCCUGGAUUCCCGAGUGGCUUCUGCGCAAGUUCUUCUACCGUGACCUCCAAGACAUUGCCCCCACGGACGAUGGCAUUUUCACCCAGACUCCGAUGGCCAACUCACAGCUCUUCGAUCGGAUUCGUGCAGGCAAGGCCCGAUGGUUGCGUGGUGACAUUCUUUCCGUCGAGGAGAGCGGCAUUCUUUUCAACCACCGUGCCCAGGGAGUGCCUAAGGGCGGACCAGGCAAGGAAGGCCUGGUCGAAGGCGACAUAAUCGUAAUGGCGACUGGAUUCAAGCGACCUUCACUUACUUUCCUUCCAGAUGAGGUCUUCCAAGAGCCUUACGGUCCACCCAACUGGUACUUGCAGGUGUUCCCGCCUAAGUACCCAGAUGUCUGCGCGAACAACAGCACCUAUGUGAAUGCAAUUGGCACAGUGGGGAAUAUGCACAUUGGCAUUUACACACGUUUCCUGAUCAUGUUUUUGACCGAUCCCUUGACUCGACCUACAGAGGGCUGGAUGAAGACUUGGAUCGAUUUCACACGAUUUAUGAAGCGACUUGCGCCCACGAAAGCCUUUGAUUUCUUCACUUACUCGGAGCUCAUUUACUGGUAUUUCUUUGUUCUGGUCGUCAAUCCAUUCCGGUGGAAAUGGGCCCUUUUUGUUUUCUUCGGUCUAGGUCGCUCUCUACCGUUGAUGGUUGUUGAGCAGGAGAAUUCCUUCCGCGAGGAGCUGCUCAAGCAACGCAAAAUCAACUAA